ACUGGUUCUCCCGGUGACGUUACUUGUCAUUCCAUUUAUAGCUUUUUGGGGAAUAGCGUUAGUUUCGGUUUGUAUUUCUGGCUUUAUAUUCUGUUUAGAUUUCCAGGGAAAAGAAAACCCAAACUUUAUACACCAGAGAGAGUAAUAUUUUGCUAGGGAUGUGUCCAUGAUAUCGGUAAAGAACAUGUGACGUUUGCUGGCCACACGAGACAAUGGCUGAAGGAGGAUUUGGGAGACGCCUGAAUAACUGUGAUGGAAAUCGACAAAAUCAUCCCGAUGACAGAAACGACUUUGAUCUUCCAGAUGAUGAUGACGUGGCUCGCCCUUUUCAUGGAGGAGUUCGUGGUGGUGAGAGACAUCGACCCCGGGGUGAUCGUGGGAGAGGACGUGGUGGAGGUCAUGAUGGAAGAGGUCGAGGUGGUAGAGGUCAAGGUGGAAUGCACGAGGAACGUCCUGAUGGCCAAAAUCGAGAUCAGGCUGAUGGUAGAGGUGGUGGCAGAGGAUUUCAGCGAGGCAGAGGCAUGGGACAAAGAAGUGGUCAGAUCAGGAGACUAAAUUACAAACAACUGGUGGACCUUAAAUCUAAGGAUGCAUCUGACAUAGUGAUGAAAUUAUCUUCAGAACAAGCUGCUUUUGCUGAUUUAUUACAGAGUGACAUGUCUCCUUCCACGAUGAAAGUCAUGUUACAUCUGUUGGCAACAGCAUGUAGCACAAAUUCUGCGAAGAUGCACCUCUUUGAGAUCAUAACAGUAGUUGAAAAGUCAAUAUUUUUAAAGGAAACUGUAACCGCAGCUUUAACAGCUCUUACUGCCAAAUCUGAUCCUGAGGAUGCUAGAGGAGACCGAGAAUUCUUAAAAAAUCUACUGACUCUACUUCAAUACUUAUCCACUUCUUUUCCACACUCAGUAGUCACAAUCUCAGGACUUCAAGAUGUCCUCAAACUAACUAUAGUAGAAUUGAAGGACACAGUCAAUAACGAUGUUGUUGAUGAAGAAAUACUCGAAAUGAUGACUGAUCUUGACGAUCUGAAGGGAAAGAUGUUUACAAAAAUACAGGCCAACAUAGAGGAAAAGAGAAUGACUGUACAGCCAGGAGCAAAGCCUCCGGAUAAUUUCCGUGUCUUGUCUGUAUUUCCAACAGAGCAGGAUAUUUACCCUGAUAAAGAUGGCCCAUACCUUAGAAAAAAUAGAGCAAUGGGGAGAUAUACAGAUCUGAAUGAGUAUUUGGAUAUUCAGUUCAGACUACUGAGGGAGGACUUCAUUUGUCCACUGCGAGAAGGCAUUGAUGACUACCUGCAGCCUAAAGAAGUGCAUGGGAGACGGAGGAUCAAAGACAUCAGGGUCUACAAUGAUGUCAGAAUGCUGAGGACUGUGUGUGCAUGGCGUGGGCUGCUGCACAGACUGGAGUUUGACGUCAGCAAGCUGAAGUGAGUUAGGUGGGAAAACACCAAGCGUCUCAUCUACGGAUCUUUAGUGUGCCUUUCUCACGACACCUUCCACACAUACCGCUUUGCAACAGUCUCAGAACGUGAUCCCAAGAUGCUGGGGCAGGGUUUGGUCGAUGUCUUCUUUGAAGAUGGUUUGAAUUGGGAAGCAGAUCUGUUAGAAGACACUAGAUUCGUUAUGGUGGAGACGACUGCUUACUUUGAAGCUUACCGUCAUGUCCUCAAGGGCCUCCAGGAAAUAGAGGAAGGACAAUUUCCUUUUGAGAAGUACAUCAUUGCAUGUGAGAAUGAGGUGUCACCACCGAAAUAUCUCCGAAAUAGGCGAACUGUGCAGUUUGAUCUUCGACCUCUUGUAGACGAAAAUAUCGUAAUCCGGGAGGAUGAGGCUCUGAGAAGGCAACGGAGGAUUGUGAAUUAUCAAUUCAGUGCAGAGUCGCGAUGUGCUGAAAGUGUGGAAAUUCUCAAUCUUAGGAGCUGGCCAAGGCCAGACCAGCUGCACCUCGAUCAGUCUCAGUACGAAGCGCUACAGACGGCGUUAACAAAGGAAUUUGUCGUGACACAAGGCCCCCCAGGAACUGGAAAGACGUACGUUGGGCUAAAAAUAGUGAAAGCUUUACUUCACAAUGCUAGCAUAUGGAAUUCUGGACAUCAGUCCCCGAUGUUGAUUGUUUGCUACACAAAUCAUGCACUUGACCAGUUUCUGGAAGGCAUUGAUUCAUUUUUCAAAGGAAAUAUAAUCAGAGUUGGGGGUCGUGCCGGUGAGGAUAUGGCAAAGCACUCGCUAAAGGUGAAGAAACAAGCGCUUAGAAAAUUACAGGAUAUGAGACAAAUUGCUGGAGUUCGCUUUAAUUGCACUAAAAGCAUGAUGGAGGUAAAGUUGGAGAUAGAACGCAGUGGGGCUCAGAUGGAAGCAUCAGAGAGGGAAAUUCUUCAUGAGGACAUGCUGCGACCUUUUAUGGACAACUGUUACGACCAGAUGACGUGUGUCGAGUUGCCACAGCAGCAAGAAAUACCAUCCAUGAUGGUCGAGUGGCUUGGUUUGGAACAGAUGCUUGGAGAGACUCAGGUGGCAGUACAACAGGGUCGGGAAGAUGAUAAUCUGCAUGAUAAACAAGAAGAUGAAAUUGCUGUUGA